AUGAUUGACAAAAAGCGGUUGUUUCGAUCGCCUAUGUCUGGACCACCGGAGAAUUUUAAAACAGGAAUUCCCUGGUUGGAUAAUUUAGAAGAAGACGGCAGUGAGCCCGAAAGCUCUGUAUGCGAAAUUCCUGAAUCCAUUGAAGAGUCACUUUCCAAUGGUAACGAAGCAUUGUCCCCCUGCACUAGACCGGUAAAUAGUGCCUCUCACUUGUCAGAUACAUUGCAUUAUGUGCCUAGUGAUCCUUCCUUUAUUGAUAAACACAUGUUGGAUUUGCCUGAACCGGAUGCGUUUAGUUUGUCCUCCAUCAGUCGUAGCAAGUCCGACUCGGUUCUACUGCACAAACGUAAAAGCGAAGACUAUAGAGGUAAAGCUAUUACUGAUUUUCGUCGAAACUAUCAAAAAAAAGUAAAAAACCCAGGAAAAAACGCUCCUUUUAAAGAAACCAAACUUCGUCGCCAAGUUACACCAAAGGGUUCAAACCAUACAACUGACACGGAACUAGAUGAAGAAAAAGACGCCCCUUACCAUUCCCUGAAAUCUCUGAAAUUUCCUGACUCUGUAUCAGAUGAUGAGGGAUCCCCAAGCACUGGUGAUUUGGAAGCCAUUGCUCCUAACGACUGGCUGAGUGCGCUCGACAAAUCUGGCGAGGAAAAGUCCAGGUCGCAUACGUUAAGCACCCUUUUUGGCUUAGACUAUCAUCGGGAUAGCUAUGACAGUUCCUAUUUAAAGAGUGGUUCGCACCCAUCUAUCCUCUCUGACGACUCAUGGAAAGCCCCGGAAAGUUGGGCUAUCAAUUUUCCUUCGGAAAUAUCAAAGAAAAGGGAUUCCUUUAUGGCCAGACCCUUUGCUCAUCCUAACAAUGAAGGUAGUGAUAAACCGUUUUUCUUACGAGUUUAUCGGGAUGAUAGAACAUCUGUCUCGUUUUCAUGCCCUAUGAAUAUGAAGACCAGUGAUAUCAUUCAACGCUUGGCAAGGCUUUUCUUCCUUCCAUUUUCAGCUAAUUUUUACUUGCUUUUGGUUCAGUUUAAAACCGAGCGUAUAUUGCUUCCCCAUGAGCAGCCAUGUAUCAUAUUCCAAAAAUUGCUUGCCUACUUUGGGUGCGACGAAAAUUCUGAAGAUGAAAUGACACAAGAAGACAACUAUAGCGUUGCAAGAUUAGUUUUCACAACUAUGGAUAUUGGCGCCGAUGUACUUAGGAAAAUGUCCGAGAAGAAGUUUUCACAGCAUUUGGAUAUACGACGUUCCAACCUUGAAGUGAUUCCUAUUAAAUUCUAUCCUCAUGCACACGAGUUGAUAUCUUUAAAUAUAUCGUCCAAUCUUUCGUUGGGAUUGCCUCUUGAUUUUAUGGAACGAUGCGUCAAUUUAAAAGUAUUGGAUAUGUCAAAUAAUUUAAGGCCACCAAGAGGAAAACCUCUUUCAAUAUUACGCCGACUUGAAGUUUUAAAUGUUGCCAGGAAUGAUAUUUACGAAUUGGAUCCCGUAAUUUUUUCUGGGAGAAGCCGAUCUACCCUUAAAGAAUUUCACUGCUCAUUAAACAAGCUUUUGUUUCUACCUUACUCUAUUCGUUAUUUGACUCAUUUGACCGUCCUUGAUCUUUCUUAUAAUAAUUUCGUUACCUUUCCCUUAAUCAUUACAGAGUUGUCUGCUCUUGAAAUUUUGAAUUUCUCACACAACAAUUUGUAUGAAAUUUGUUCCGAGAUCGAUCGGUUAGGAAACUUAAAGGAGCUUUAUCUUCAGUCAAAUGACUUGUCAGGCCAUCUCAUUCAGCAAUUGGGCUCCUUACGGAAACUGGAGAUCAUUGAUCUUCGUUUUAAUUCCUUGAGUCAUAUCAACGCUUUAUCUGAAAGUCCAAACUUGAAAGAAAUUCGUGCCUCUUGCAACCUGAUUUCUCAUCACGAAUUCCCAUGUAGGUCUGCUACAUACCUUGAUUUUUCGCAUUGCCCUUUAACUAUCUUGGAACUUCCUUCUAAUGGUUACAGUUCUCUUGUAUACCUUGACACCUCGCAUGGCAAGCUUGUAACUCUUAAGGAUUCCAUGCUAGAAAGCCUUGUCAAUUUGGAAACCUUAAAUAUGAGUUAUAAUCACUUUGUCCAGAUUCCGGAUAGUAUUUCUCAUCUACAAAAUCUUAAAUUUCUUUACUGCACGAAUUGUGAAAUUUCUCACGUUUCCCCGGAAUUAGGAAAGUUGUCCAAGUUGACAUUAUUGGAUAUGCAUGCUAAUAAUAUCAAAGUAUUUCCUGAAGAAGUUUGGCAAAUAUCGACUUUGAAAAUGGUCAACCUUUCGUCUAAUAUUCUGGAAAAAAUAAAAUUACCAAUGGCCGGUGCCAAACCGUUAGCAAGAAGUGUGAGUCAACUGAAAAUUAUGCGGACAUUGUCGGGUAGCCCUAUUUCUAAUACUUCCUCAUCUGAAUACAUAUAUCCAUCAGUUGAGGAACUUAUUCUUGUGGAUAACCGCCUUGGAGAUGAAUCUUUUAAAGUGUUGAGUUUUUUCAAAGAAAUUCGGAUCUUGAACUUGUCCUACAAUUACUUGACAGAAAUUCCAAAUACAUUUCUCGAAAAUUUUUCACACCUCAAUCAUAUGUUUAUGUCUGGUAAUAAACUUUCAAAUAUCUCUAUCUCGUCUAAUUCUCGUAUUUCUCUGGAAUCAUUGUACGUUAAUGGAAAUAGGAUAUCUUCGUUUCCUAAAAAUGAAACGCUAUCACAAAGUUUGCGUUACCUGGACUUGGGUAAUAACAACUUACAAAGCCUUACGGUCAAUCAAUCUAAUGAAAAUUCUCUGAAUAUUCCACCUAAACUUGAAAGCCUUGAUCUUUCUGGAAAUAGUUGGUUUCAAUUCUCUAAACAUGAUGAUGCUAAAGUUAUAAGAGCAUGUCUUAACCGGCUAAAAGCUUUGAGUGUAUUUGAUGUAAAUGCUGAUAUUCCUGUGGACAAUACUGAUAUCGUAAAUCGUGUUGUACAUCGCUCAUCUCCAAUUAACGAUGGGCUGAAAUGUGGAAUAUCUGGUUAUUUAUCUCGUAUAAAUCCGGUCAUCUCUGCUGUAGAACUUAUAGUGAAGGACUAUAUAUAUCCUCAUUGGUCACUUUAUUGCAUUUUUGAUAGCGAUAUUGGAGCUGGGCAUAGCAAUCGAGUUCUUAAAUUUGCCUAUGAGAAUAUAGCAUCAUGUUUAGCUGAAGAAUUGAGCAUAUGCGGAUCCUCUAGUGAACAAGUGAAAAAUGCAUUAAGAAGGGGAUUUUUAAAAUUAAACAAAAGGUUGGGUAACACAAUCUAUCAAGAUUUGGAGACAAUUGCGGAAUACAAGGAUAAGAAGGAGAAUCUUCCUACUUCUAACAAAGGUUAUUAUAUGGAUGAAACCUGUAUGGAUAUUGGAGUUAGCAUUGCCUUAGUUUAUAUUCGAGAUACACGCGCAUUCAUUGCUAACGUUGGUACCUCAAUGUCUUUAAUGUCUACACGAAACGAUUCCGAACCCACUUUAUUAAGUGACGUACAUGAUACAUUAAAUGAGAAAGAAAUACGCAGAGUUAUAGAUUCGGCGGGAUUAAUCUCUGGCCGCAUCAAGUCUACUACCACUAGGGCAAUUGGUAGAUUAUCCCAGUUCCCUGGUGUGCAAGCAGUCCCUCAUGUAAAUAUUCAGCCCCUUUCAGAGCUGAACGAAUUUAUAAUUUUAGCCAACAAGGAAUUCUGGAAUGUAAUGUCAAAGCGGAUUGUCAUUGAUAUUGUUCGUGCUAACAGGCAAUCGAUGCUCUUGGCUGCAACCAAGCUACGUGAUUAUGCUAUAGCUUAUGGCGCUAAGAACAAUACGAUAGUAAUGGUCUUAGAUCUAAGCCUUUUAUUCGAAACAAAUUCCAAUUACGCUACGAAGGUCCAUAAAGAUGAUGAAGAAGGUACUCAAGCUGAAGGGAAUGAAGGGGUGCCAUUUUCUUCUCAGGAUUUACCGGACGAUUCAUCCUUAGCUAGAAUGAACCGAGAAGUUUCGCCUCCUCGUGGAAGCAUUGCAAUGGUAUUUACGGAUAUAAAGAAUUCUACACUUUUGUGGGAACGCCAUCCAGUAGCCAUGAGAUCGGCGAUUAAGACCCACAAUACAAUUAUGCGAAGACAGCUACGUGCUACGGGUGGUUACGAAGUGAAGACAGAAGGAGAUGCCUUUAUGGUUUGUUUCCAGACAGUCCCGGCUGCUUUGCUAUGGUCCUUUUCUGUACAAUUACAGAUGCUCUCUGCUGAUUGGCCCAAUGAAAUUGUAGAGUCAGUUCAAGGAAGAACUGUUUUAGGACCUAAAAAUGAGGUUUUAUAUAGAGGGUUGAGUGUACGCAUUGGGGUGAACUAUGGUGUGACAGUGAGCGAGUUAGAUCCUAUAACACGACGCAUGGAUUACUAUGGACCGAUGGUGAAUAGAACAUCUAGAGUUGUAUCCGUAGCGGAUGGUGGGCAAAUUGCAGUAUCUGCAGACGUAGUCACUGUGCUGAAUCGGUUAGAAUCGGAAGCGAUGUCUUCGGAAAGAUCUGGAAGGUAUGCGAUGGAGAUCCGUGCAUUGAAGCAAGUAGGCUACAUUGUACAUAAUAUUGGAGAACAUAAAUUGAAGGGAUUGGAAACACCGGAAAGCAUAUCAUUGGUAUAUCCUCUUCAGCUUGAGGGGCGAUUAGAAAAACUGAUCAACAAUCGGAAUUCGGAAGAUGACAGCGAAAAGCGAAGAGAACGGAUGGAAAAUUCGUCGAGAAGCAGAAGCAACAGCUUACGACCGAUAUUAGCAAGAAUCGGGGAUUCAAAAAGUGGUGAAGACCAUCAAUAUGCUAGAAGUUCUUUAUCAUCAGUUCGAAAUCUGUCGCCUACGGAGAGUUCAUCAGGAUAUGAAGGAAACAUUUUUGAAGAGUAUCAAUAUCAAAGGUUAUUUGAGAUUUGCGAACGUUUAGAAGACAGGGUUGCUAUGUUGCAUGGCUAUCCAGAGCCUCCGGAAAGUGAUCCAGGGCUUGCUGCUCCCGUGAACAUUGCAGAGGAGUAUGCUUUAUUUUAUCGGCUGACAUUAAGAAUCGAAAACACAAUUUAUUGCGUAGGCCAAAUGCUUGGGCAUACGUGA